AAGCUGCAUGUGAGCUGGAGGUUGCUGGUUUGAGUCCACAGUGUGGAUAUGAAGCAGCUCAGUGGCUGACAGCGGACUUCCAGGUGAGUUUCUCUCUGCUGGGUUCCAGUUCAGUGACACGAUGGCAGAGGCAGCGACUGCAGCAUCUGAGACAGAAGAUGUGAGAACCUUGAAGCGCAGCAGCAGCUAUGACUUCCUGCCACCUAACACAUCUGGACUCAGGAUUGUGCUGUUGGGGAAAAGUGAGGACAAAAGGACAACACUUGGCAACUUCAUAAUAGGAAACAAAGCUUUUCGAUCCAAAAAACUUUCCCCAGCAAAGCAAUGUGUGGCUGCCUGUGGAGAGUGGAAAGAUAAAUGUGUAACAGUGGUGAAAACUCCUGACAUCUUCAGUCUGCCUGUGGAAACAGUGAGAGAAGAGAUGAAGAACUGCAUGGAUCUUUGCUCUCCUGGACCAAAUGUUCUGUUGCUGUUAGUGAAGCCUUCUGACUUCACAGAGGAGAACAGACUCACUCUAAUGAACGUCCUGAGUUUGUUUGGUCAAGAGGCUUUUAAACACUCCAUGGUCAUCAGCACACAUGAGGGAGGUCGAAAAAGUUCAUCUGUAGAACAGCUCCUUGAAGAAUGUGGAGGAAGGCACUACAGCAUGUCAUCAAAUAACCGUACACUGUUAAUGGAGAUGAUGGAGAACAUUGUGAGAGAAAACAAUGAGAGCUGCCUCACCUCCACUGAAGAGACAGCUACUGUGAGACCAGAGUGUGUGAACCUGGUGCUCUGUGGAAGGAGAGGAGCAGAGAAGACUUCAGCAGCCGAGGCCAUUUUGGGCCAGAAGAUGUUUGAUCCAGGCUUUGAGUCUGCAGUGUGUGUGAAGAAUCAGGGAGAGGUGUGUGGACGUCGGCUCUCCCUGGUGGAGCUUCCUGCCUUGUCUGGAAAACCUCAGGAGGCAGUGAUGAAGGAAUCAUUCAGGUGUGUCUCCCUCUGUGAUCCUGAGGGCGUCCACGCCUUCGUCCUGGUCAUACCUGUGGGUCCCCUCACUGAUGAAGACACAGGAGAGGUAGAGACCAUCCAGAGCACAUUCAGCUCUCAGGUCAAUGACUUUACCAUGAUUCUGUUCACUGUGGAGUCAGAUCCUAACCAUCCAGAUGUUGUUAACUUUCUAAGUAAGGACCAGGACAUCCAGCAGCUCUGUCAGCGUUAUGGAGGACGAUAUGUUGUCCUCAACAUCAAGGACAGACAGCAAGUACCUGAGGUGUUGGAUGCUGUGGACAAAAUUAAACUUUCCAAGGAUAAACCAUGUGGUUACACAACUGAGAUGUGGUGUUUUAACCAAAUAGAUAAGAUCAUACAACAAGAGAGGCGCAUCAGCUCGCAAUGGACUGAACUGGAGGAGCAGAAAAAGCAGACUGUGGUCACUUGUGAGUAG